CAUUCCGGUCCAGCCGGUGGCACGCUGAGGCAUCGAUCUUGGUCGGCUGCUGAAGGAGGUUGCUCAUUCAAACAGACUGACGCCGGAGCCGAAUGUUCCCCCGAGAACUGAUUCUCCUCCUUCCGCUCACAUCAACACGUCCACAUCCAUCGAAAGUUACAUAUAUUUUGCCCUUGCUGCUUUGACAAACCUUUUCUGUAUUGCUCAUACAACGGAUUUAAACCCCUCAAGGCAGCAUCCAGUUGCUAUCGAUAAAAUCGACGGUCAUGCCUCUUGUUCACGACAAGCCAAUUGAUUACGAAAUGGAAGAUAUAGCGUGCAUUGAAGCGGUCCCUUCGCCACCUUCUCCUCCCGAAUCUCCACAACCUGGCCUGCCUGACACCCUUUCCGAUGCACCUGUUUGUGAUAUGGCAAGAGCAGCUCUGGCUGAUGACCUCAUCAAUGACGUUGGGAGUGACAAGCAGACCACUCUCAAUGUUGCUCCUGAACUGGAUCUUGGCAGGAAAUCUGCCUAUCACGGCCCCAAAGGCAUCCGCACAAGGAAGUACACCGGAUCAGCCAUCAUUCCCGCACAAACCCACAUUUCCUCUGCUUAUCACGGUCCCAACGGCAUUCGAUCGACCCAAUAUACCGGACCUUACAUGGAUGUCAGUGGCAACAUUCUGCCUUGUGAUGUUGCCCCUGCUAUGACGGCACAAGACUACAUCAGUGUCAUCACCACCGAAACCGAUGAGGUUGUACACAGCAUGCAUGCAGCGCGCAGAGAACUCAACCGCCGGCGUGUGGCUGCCUUCAAGAACUGGUUCUUCCGGCCCUCUAGAACAAACACUGGUCAACUCUUGUCGCCUCCUCCCGAUGGCAACAACGCAGGGCAGUCUGAUGUGACGCAGUCAGCUGCAGAUGCCAUGGUCAUGCCUGGAGGCUUCACACCUGCGUCUGGCUGUUGA